AUGGAUAGACGCGAUUUUACGCCGUGGGACACCGUUGCGUACGUAUGGAAAGCUUUAGGCCUUCCGAACGAUGCACUGGAAUCCCUUCACCUCCCUGUCGAUACCGAGUGUUAUCCGUCAUCCUUCAAAGUCGACCAUCUGGCUCAAGCUUCCAUCGGCCUGUCGGCACUCUCGGCUGCCCUCGUCUGGUCAGUCCGCAAUGACGAUACCACGCCGAAAGUCACAGUGCCAGCCGAACAUGCAUGUGUUGAGUUUAAGUCAGAACGACUUUAUGUGCUCAACGGGAAAGCUGCACCUUCAACGUUUGGUACCAUUGGCGGUCUACACAAGACCCAGGAUGGUUACAUCAGGAUGCACGACUCCUUUCCAAACCAUCGGCAGCAUGCCUUGAGAAUACUGGGAUUGAAUGAGAGCGCUUCAAGAGAAGACGUCGCUCAGAAGAUGCUAGGAUGGAAGUCGAUAGAUCUGGAAACAGAAGCCAUCAGGGAAGGCGCAGUGAUGGCAGCACUCCGAUCUUUCGAUGAGUGGGAUGCGCUUCCGCAGUCGAAGGCAAUAGCUGACUUUCCCAUUUUACUCAAUAGGGUUGCAAAAGGCGAGCCACACCUACCAGAUCGCACUGCAUCAACCCAUGCGCCUAAAUGUCUACACGGUAUCCGUGUGGUUGAGAUGUCUCGGGUUAUCGCAGCCCCAGUUGCUGGGAAGACUUUAGCAGCUCAUGGAGCGGAUGUUGUCUGGAUAACCUCUCCUUCGCUGCCCGAUCUUCCAGACCUCGACAUUGAUCUGUCGAGAGGAAAGCGGACCGUACAGCUGGACAUCAAGAACCCUGACCACAAGUCCAAGCUCAUGGAGCUGUUGCGCACGGCUGACGUAUUUAUCCAGAGCUAUCGACCUGGCAGUUUAGCUGCGCAGGGCCUGUCCACUGACGAACUAGUCGCGCUGAAUCCAAACCUGAUCGUUGCAAGUUUAAACGCAUAUGGCCCAGAGGGCCCUUGGUCACAACGCCGUGGCUUCGACUCACUUGUGCAGACGUGCUCUGGUAUCAACGUUGCCGACGCUGAGCGGUACGGUGCCAAAGAAGCGGCUGGGGUACUACCUUGUCAAGCAUUUGAUCACGGCGCUGGCUAUCUUCUAGCUACCGGCAUCGUCGCGGCUUUGUACAAACGGGCGACCGAAGGUGGUUCAUACGAGGUAAAGGUAUCACUCGCAGGUGUCAUGCGGUAUCUGAGAUCACUUGGUCAAUAUGAGGCUAAGAGCGGAUUCGAGCGCAAAGACUUUAAACGGCCUGAGGAUGUGGACCAGUACAUGGAGACGAGAUCAACGGGCUUUGGUCAACUGAAGGCUGUCAAACACGCGGCUGAAAUCGAUGGAGUGAAGGUUGGGUGGGAUAUUAUGCCGAGUGCAUUGGGCAGUGAGGACCCAGUGUGGCUAUGA